AUGAAGUACUCCCUCCUCGCCCUCGCAGCCGCUGCCGCCGUCGCAGCCCAGAAUUCGACCGACAGUGUCCUGAUCCCCUCCAACAUCACAGACUCGUGCACCUCUUUCCUCACAGAGCUCAACGCAGACGCCACCCUUUCCGAGUGCGUCACCCCCCUCAUCAACGCCACCGCCUCCUUCUCCCCCACCGCCGUCGCCGCCACAAACCUCACAGAGGACAGCAUCAACUAUACCUUGGCCUCCGUCUGCAAGACCAACACUGGUUGCUCAGACACCACCAUCCGCACCUGGCUCUCCAGGUUCUACUCCCAGUGCUCGGCCGAGCUGACCUCGUCUGACGGCUACAACUCGGACGUCAGGGAGCUCUACGACAUCUUGUAUGUUGUAAACCCCCUCAAGGGCGCCGUCUGCUCGGUCGACUCCUCCAACCAGGAGUACUGCGUCAACGAGAUUGUCGCGUCCGAGUCUACCGACAGCUCUUCCGCGUCCAACUCUACGAGCAACAGCACCGCGCUCUACGCCAACUUUGCUGCCUCUGACAGCGUCCUCUCCCCCAUCCAGCUCGCCGCCUCCAACCUCUACAUCGAGGUCUCCGCCUCUGCCUCUUCCUUGAAGAAGCGCGUCCUCUCCACCCUCUCUUCCCGUGCCGCCCAGUCGGUCAACAUGGCGACCAUCAUCACCCCCAACGCCACCACCUACAAGUCCACCAACCUCCCCUUCCUCUUCCUCCAGCCCACCCUCUCUUCCUCUGCCCUCUGUACCCCCUGUACCCGUGAGGUCAUGGUCUCGUACAUCAAGUGGGAGACCCAGGUGCCUUACGCGUUGGGUUUGAGCAAAUCGCCCAUCCUCGGUGGCCAGUCUGCGCUCUGGUCUGCCAUCAACUCUACUUGUGGCACUGCGUUCGUCAACGCCAUCAAGUCGCAGGUUGGCACCAGCUUGAGCAGCAACUCUUCCAGCUCUGGCGCUGAGAGCAUGAUGGCGGUUCAGGGUAUGGCUGGUAUGACCGCGUUGGUCGGUGCCACCUUUGCCGCUGGUAUCGUCGCCAUCUUUGUCUAA